AUGGGUAUCGGCCAGUCUCGCAUCAAAGGCUUUUCUGUCUGGGGCAAUGGAGCAGCCAUGGCGCGUGCUCUUUCCCAGAACGGCGUGAAGCUCGUUGGCUGCGAUCCCAGCCUUGAGGCCGCCCAGUUCUCAGCCUCACGGCUCCGUGAAGAAGGCGGUGCCUGUGGCGUUAUGACCGCCAAUGUACCAUCUUCCGCCGAUGUACGCAGUGUGGUCGAAGCAGCUAUGCAACAAUACGGUUGCAUAGAGAUAUUGGUCAAUAACGUGGGGAUGACUUGGCCCGGAAAUCCAGCACGUAUCCCGGAAGAGCCAUGAGAUUUGCAAUUGGCCUUGAAUAUGACAAGCGUCUGCCU